AUGGUUACUGUACAAGUAUAUGCGGAUAGUAAACCACUGACUAUACCCGUAUCUACGCCCUAUAAAUCGUUUAGGAAUUCUAGGAAAUGGAACGAGUGGUUGGAGUUGCCAAUCAAAUUCAGUCAGCUGCCCCUAACAUCGCAGUUGGCUAUCACCAUCUGGGACUACUCAGGAGGCAAAGAUUUAGUGUGUUAUGGUGGUACAACGGUCAAGUUGUUUCAGAGUACAGACUGUACGAUAAAAACAGGACGACAGAAGUUAAAGGUCUGGCUUGACAGAGAAGCAGAUGGACAUAGUAACAGCACGACGGAUAGUACCAUUGUCUCGGAACAGGAAAUGGACAGGCUUGAGAAGCUGAUUAAAAAGCAUGAAGCGGGAGAUUUACCCAUGGUGGACUGGCUGGAUAAUUUAACAUUUCGCAAGAUUGAACAAAUUAAUAAGAACCAGCGGCCAAAUAAUGAGCAUGAGAAUAUUCUCUAUGUGGAUUUGGUACAAUUCGACUUUCCAGUAGUAUUUUCCGACAUCGAAUAUUCUGUUUAUGGCAACGGUUUGCAUGGAUAUGUGAAUCAACGACGUGCCAUUAAUAGCACACCAGCAAGUGCCGGUUUAAAUAGCGACUUGAAUAAUGAACAAGCAGCAAUACAUCCGUCUAAUGCUAAACAACUUAGUGGUGCUACGACUCCUAUACCAGCACCUCUUCCAGUUAAAAAAGCAGAAAGUGCAAAGUCCCUAAUCAUAGUAAAUGAUCCAGAGCAAAAUCGCGAAAAUCCAAUUGAGUCGAAAUAUAGACGACUAGUGCGAAAUCACAAGUCCAAUCAGUUCGACCAAGAAUUAAAACCGAACGCUAAGAUCAGAGAUGAGUUGAAUGUAAUUAUCAACUCUCCAGUACAGGAACUUACGGUAGACGAGAAGAACUUGUUGUGGAAGUUUAGGUACUAUUUAACCCGUCACAAACAGGCACUUACUAAGUUCCUACAAGCUGUCAGUUGGGAAGAUGCUGUGGAAGCACGUCAAGCUGUGGAAAUGUUACCCCGUUGGGCAGAAAUUGGGGUAGAUGAUGCUUUAGAGCUGUUGGGACCUGCAUUCACCGAUCCAAAUGUACGGUUGCAUGCAGUCAAUAGACUCCGCAAAGCCAACGAUCAAGAAUUGGAAUUAUAUUUAUUACAACUAGUAGAAGCACUCAAGUUCGAAUAUCAGCCAAAGGAAAUUAUCAACAAACCAGGCACUUCGUCAGCACAUAGAAACCAAGCUCCUGUAGCACAAAAGGCGCAUUUGGCAGGGUUUUUGAUUGGACGAGCCGUCAAAAAUCCAAUUCUUGGUAACUAUUUCUACUGGUAUUUGGCGGUCGAAGCGCAAGAAAAAACUGAAACUGCUGAAACUAUUUUCCAGCCUAUAUUGAAUCAGUUUCUUUUAUCUUUGCAAAGUCAACCGCCUGCUCCUGGUAGUGACUUGCCGCCUACAGAAAUAUUGCGAGCGCAAAUCAAGCUCAUGCGAAAGCUUCUUGAUGUAGCAAGAAACAUUCGACAAUCAAAAGAAGCCCGACCAAAGAAAGUAAGUAAAUUACGUGCGUACCUUGCAGAAUCAAAAACUGGGCUUGUGUCGUUCCCACCGAUUGCUCUACCACUCAAUCCAACCGUUAAGGUAGUGGGCUGCAUUCCCGAAGACUCCAACGUAUUUAAGAGUAGUCUGUCGCCUAUUAAGGUGACAUUAAAGGCUGAAGAUGGCUCUUUAUAUCCUAUAAUUCUCAAGUCAGGUGAUGACUUGAGACAGGAUCAGCUAGUCAUUCAGAUCAUCACGCUUAUGGAUCAAUUACUACGCAACGAAAAUCUCGACCUCAAGCUUACCCCGUAUCGCAUCCUAGCUACAGCUACUAAAGAAGGAGCAUUACAAUUUGUUCCGAAUGAAACAAUUGCUCAUGUUUUGGCAGAGUAUCAUGGCAUUCUUCCAUAUCUUCGCAAUCAUAACCCCGACGAGUCGAAUGAGUUGAAGAUCAAGCCUGAAGCGAUGGAUACAUUUGUUCGAUCUUGUGCUGGCUAUUGUGUCAUCACUUAUAUCCUUGGUGUAGGAGACCGGCAUUUGGAUAAUCUUCUUAUUUGUCCUGAUGGCCAUUUCUUCCACGCUGAUUAUGGCUAUAUUCUAGGUCGAGACCCCAAGCCGUUUCCACCAAUGAUGAAGCUUCCAUAUCAACUCAUUGAAGGAAUGGGUGGUGCUUCGUCAGAAAACUAUGACAAAUUCCGAAGCUACUGCUUCACUGCAUACACCACAUUGCGUAAAUCGGCCAAUUUGAUUCUCAGUUUGUUUGCUCUUAUGACGGAGUCAUCCAUUCCAGAUAUCAUGUUUGAGCGUGAAAAGGCUGUUCAAAAAGUCAAAGAGAAGUUCUGUCUUGAAAUGACCGAGGCAGAAGCAAUGAUCCAUUUCCAGAACCUCAUUAAUGCAUCUGUCAACUCGCUGGUACCAAUCAUGAUUGACAGACUCCACAGUCUUGCCCAGUACUGGAGGGCAUAG